AUGGCCGACGAGCAGCCCCGUGGCAUCGACCACACUGAUUCCAUCGAUUCGAAUGAUGGCCCGAAGCAGCCGGACAAGAAGAAGAGCCGUCGCCCUGCGAAUACUGCCUUUCGACAACAGCGUCUAAAGGCCUGGCAGCCCAUCCUCACACCCAAGACUGUCCUGCCUCUCUUCUUCGCCAUCGGCAUUAUAUUCGCUCCCAUCGGCGGUGCUCUUCUAUACGCGAGCGCUCAGGUCCAAGAAAUCCGACUCGACUACACCGAUUGCAUUGAAAAAGCCCCCAACCUCACGAACGGCGGCGGCGGUUUCAGGGGUAUGCCAAGCAGUGCUGUCAGCACCGCUUUCAAGAGUUCGAACACUUCAGUGAAUGCGCAAUGGGCCAAGCAGACCAACGUCAACGUCACGCUCGAAAACGGUGUCAACGUCACGAACCCUCGAUGCCAUCUCAAGUUCACCAUUCCAGAGGAAAUGGGCCCGCCUGUUCUCUUCUACUACCACCUUACCAACUUCUACCAGAACCAUCGUCGAUAUGUCCUCUCCUUCGAUACCGACCAGCUCAAGGGCCACAAGCGCUCUUACAGCGACAUUCAUAACUCGGACUGCACUCCUCUGUAUGGUGAGGGCAACAAGCCUUACUAUCCCUGCGGACUUAUUGCCAACUCCAUGUUCAACGAUACCUUCUCCAGCCCUGUGCUCUCGAAUCCUCCCAAGGCUAGUAGCAAUGAUACGUGGGUGUACCUUAUGCAAAACAACACGGGGAUCUCGUGGGAUAGCGACAAGGACCUCUACGGCAAAACCUCGUACAACUACACUGACAUCAUCCCCCCUCCCAACUGGCACGAUCGCUACCCCAACGGAUACACUGAGGACACGCCUCCUCCUAACCUCAAGGAAUGGGAGGCUUUCCAGGUCUGGAUGCGGACUGCUGGUCUUCCUACUUUCAGCAAACUGUACCAGCGCAACAACACUCAGGCUAUGUGGUCUGGGACCUAUGAUCUGGUGAUUGACUACCGCUUCCCUACUAUCAAGUACAAGGGCACCAAGUCCAUCAUCAUUUCUACUCGAACCGUUAUUGGAGGACGCAAUCCUUUCCUCGGUAUUGCCUACGUUGUUGUCGGCGGUGUUUGUAUUGUUCUCGGCACCGUGUUUACAGUUACUCAUCUCAUCCGCCCCAGAAAACUUGGAGAUCACACUUAUCUCUCGUGGAACAACGCCCCUGGUGCAAAGUCUGGCCCUAGCACUGCCGCCGCUUCGGGUCGCGAUCUCCGUCCUGGCGAAGCUUAG